CUCCGCUCCGGGUUUGGCAGGCGGCCGCGGCGCUGGGUAAAAUGGCAGUGCUGAGCCUCGUGUCGGAGUGAGCCGCGCUCGGCGGACCGGAGUCGGAGGUGCCGCGCGGCUCGCCCAGCCCGGCCCCGCCGCCGCUCGGCCCGGCUCCGGGGACGGCGCCCGCCCGCCCGCCGUGUCCCCCCUCCCUCCCUCCCGCCUCUCCCGCACCGGGAGCCCCGUCCCGGGUCCCCCCCUCCUCCUCCUUCCCCCCACUCCCUCCUCCUCCCCUUUCUCCGCCGGCUGCAACCGAGGAGGUACAGCGGGGCCAGGCCCCGGGAAGCCCAGCCCAGCGGAGCCCUCCCCGCCUCGCCAACCAGGCCGGGGGGGAAUGAGCCCCCGCUGCCCUGAAGAGCCCGCCGCCGCCUGAGCGGGGAGCAGCAGAGCAGCGAGGCCUCACGCCGGCCGGCCAGGCAGGGAGCAGCUCGGGGGGACCGGUCCGGGGGGGCGGCUGGGUGGGGAGGGGGGGGGAUCAUGGCUGCUCAGGUCGCCCCCGCCGCCGCCAGCAGCCUGGGCGCCCCGGCUCCAGCCGAGCUGAAGAAAGCGGAGGCGCAGCAGCGGGAUUGUCCCCCGGAGGAGGCGGGGGGUGAGGCGGCGGCGGAGCGCGGCGGCGGCGGCGGCGAGAAGCAGGCGGAGAGCGAGGGCCCCCCGGGGAAGGAGCUGCAGGACGGGGCCGAGAGCAACGGAGGGGGCGCAGGGGCCGAGCCCGACCUGAAGAGCUCGAACGGGAACCCGGGCCCCAGGCCCGCCGCUGCCGCCGCCACCCUGAACAAUAACCUCCCGGAGCCGCCCGGUGGCGGCGGCAGCAGCGACGGGGUGGGGGCGCCGCAGCAGCAGCAGCCGCCGCAGCAGCCUCCCCCUUCCCACCCGGCCGCCUUGCCCCCGCCAGCCUACGGCUUCGGGCAGCCCUACGGCCGGGGCGCCCAGGCUGCUGCCGCCGCCGCCGCCGCUGCGGCCGCCGCCGCUGCCUUCCACCAACAUGGCGGACAACAAAGCCCUGGCAUGGCAGCGCUGCAGAGCGGGGGCCUGGAGCAGUCCUACCCGGGGCCGGCGGGAGCCCCCGCGGGGCCGCCCCCUCCGCAGAACUCGCACGGCGCCGCCGAGCACGGCUUCCCCAACCACCAGUACAACUCCUACUACGCGGCCGGGGCCGGGCGCAGCGCCGGCGCCUACCCGCCUCCCCCCCAGGCCUACGCCCUGAGCUCCCCCCGGGGCAGCGCGCAGGGCUCGGCGCAAGCGGCCGCCGGCGCCAAGGCGCCCGCCGCCUUCCAGCAGCAGCGCUUCGGGGUCAUGGGGCCCUCGGCCGCCGGCGGCGCAGGCGGCGGAGGAGGAGGGGGCGCCACCCCGCAGCCCACGGCCACCCCCACCCUCAACCAGCUCCUCACCUCCCCCAGCUCCGCCCGCGGCUACCAGGGGUACCCCGCGGGCGACUAUAGCAGCGGGCCGCAGGACGGCGGCGCCGCCGCCAAGGGCCCGGCCGCGGCGGAGAUGGUCUCGCAGUACGGCGGGGGCAGCGGCCAGGGCUGGGCCGCGGCGGCCGCCGGGGCCCCGCCGAGGAGCCACCACGCGCCCAUGAGCCCCGGCAGCAGCGGCGGCGGCGGCGGACAGAGCCUCGGCAGGAGCCAGCAGCCUUCAAGCCCAAUGGAUCAGAUGGGGAAGAUGAGGCCUCAGCCGUAUGGAGGAAACAACCCAUACACACAGCAGCAGGGACCUCAGGCGGGGCCGCAGCAAGGACAUGGCUAUCCAGGACAGCCAUAUGGGCCGCAGACUCCCCAGAGAUAUCCCAUGGGAAUGCAAAGCAGGACGCAGAGUACAAUGGGCAGCAUCUCAUAUGCACAGCAGAUUCCUCCUUACGGACAGCAGGGCCCCAGUGCAUAUGGGCAGCAAAGCCAGACUCCGUAUUACAACCAGCAAAGCCCUCAUCCCCAGCAGCAGCAGCCUGCGUACUCCCAGCAGCCUCCAUCCCAGACCCCUCACUCUCAGCCUUCUUAUCAGCAGCAGCAACAGCCUCAGUCUCAACCUCCGCAGCUGCAGACAUCCCAGCCUGCCUAUUCGCAGCAGCAGUCCCAGCCGCCCCAUCAGCAGUCCCCGACUCCGUAUCCUCAACAGCAGUCCACAGCCCAGCAGCAUCCACAGAGUCAGCCUCCCUACUCCCAGCAGCAGUCGCAGUCGCCCUACCAGCAGCAGCAGCAAACUCCGCAGACGGCUUCCUCGGCUCUGUCUCAGCAGUCAUCUUCAUACCCUCCAUCGCAGCCGCAGCAGCAGCAGUCUGCGUACUCCCAGCAACGCUUCCCCCCUCCUCAGGAGUUAUCUCAAGACUCAUUUGGGUCCCAGGCAUCAUCUGCUCCCUCACUGGCUUCCAGUAAAGGGCAAGAAGAUAUGAACUUGAAUCUUCAGUCCAGACCUUCUAGCCUGCCGGACCUGUCUGGUUCAAUAGAUGAUCUGCCCAUGGGUACAGAAGGAGCCCUGAGUCCUGGAGUAAGCACGUCAGGGAUUUCCAGCAGUCAAGGAGAGCAGAGUAACCCAGCUCAGUCUCCUUUCUCUCCACAUACCUCUCCUCACCUGCCAGGCAUCAGAGGACCCUCCCCGUCCCCUGUUGGAUCUCCUGCUAGUGUUGCUCAGUCCCGGUCUGGUCCACUUUCACCUGCUGCAGUACCAGGCAAUCAGAUGCCACCCCGACCGCCUAGCGGCCAGUCGGACAGUAUCAUGCAUCCUUCCAUGAACCAGUCAAGCAUAGCGCAAGAUCGAGGUUACAUGCAGAGGAAUCCUCAGAUGCCCCAGUACAGCUCGCCCCAGCCCGGCUCAGCCUUAUCUCCCCGUCAGUCUUCUGGAGGUCAGAUGCACGCUGGAAUGGGGCCGUACCAGCAGAACUCCAUGGGGAGCUACGGACCCCAGAGCGGGCAGUACGGACCUCAAGGAGGUUAUCCCAGGCAGCCAAACUACAAUGCUAUGUCCAAUGCCAACUACCCCAGUCCAGGAAUGGGAGGAAGCAUGAACCCAAUGGGAGCAGGGAGCCAGAUGCACGGGCAGACUGGUGUGCCACCGUACAGCGGGCUUCCCCCGGGGAGGAUGAGCCAUGCGACCAUGGGGAACAGACCUUACGGACCGAACAUGGCAAAUAUGCCCCCUCAGGUGGGCACAGGGAUGUGCCCCCCGCCUGGCGGCAUGAACCGCAAAGCACAAGAAGCGGCUGCUGCUGCCGCCAUGCACGUUGCUGCCAACUCCAUCCAGACCAGGCCUCCUGGUUAUCCCAACAUGAACCAAGGAGGGAUGAUGGGGACUGGACCUCCUUAUGGACAGGGGAUUAACAGUAUGGCUGGCAUGAUAAACCCCCAGGGCCCACCCUAUCCAAUGGGUGGGAAUAUGGCCAACAACUCUGCAGGGAUGGCAGCAAGUCCUGAAAUGAUGGGUCUUGGGGAUGUCAAAUUAACACCUGCUACUAAAAUGAACAAUAAGGCAGAUGGGACGCCAAAAGCAGAAUCCAAGUCAAAGAAGUCCAGUUCCUCUACUACAACCAACGAGAAGAUCACCAAACUUUACGAGCUGGGUGGUGAGCCUGAAAGGAAGAUCUGGGUAGAUCGGUAUCUAGCCUUUACUGAAGAGAAGGCCAUGGGCAUGACCAAUCUCCCAGCAGUAGGCAGGAAACCCUUGGACCUUUACCGGCUCUACAUCUCAGUGAAAGAGAUUGGAGGAUUGACUCAGGUCAACAAAAACAAGAAAUGGCGCGAGUUAGCCACAAAUCUCAACGUGGGCACGUCCAGCAGUGCAGCUAGUUCUUUGAAGAAGCAGUACAUCCAGUGUCUCUAUGCCUUUGAGUGCAAGAUUGAGCGAGGUGAAGACCCCCCUCCAGAUAUCUUUGCAGCUGCGGAUUCGAAGAAGUCUCAAACUAAGAUACAACCUCCAUCUCCAGCGGGUUCAGGCUCCAUGCAGGGUCCUCAGACGCCUCAGUCCACCAGCAGCUCCAUGGCAGAAGGAGGAGACUUGAAGCCGCCAACUCCAGCGUCUACGCCACACAGUCAGAUGCCCCCUUUGCCAGGCAUCAGGAGCAACUCAGUGGGCCUUCAGGAUGCCUUUGCGGAUGGCAGUGAUCCCACGUUCCAGAAGCGGAACUCCAUGACUCCAAAUCCAGGUUACCAGCCCAGCAUGAAUACCUCUGACAUGAUGGGUCGCAUGUCUUAUGAGCCAAAUAAGGAUCCUUACAGCAGCAUGAGGAAAGCUCCGGGAAGCGAUCCCUUCAUGUCCUCAGGGCAGGGCCCCAACAGUGGUAUGGGUGACCCUUACAACCGUGCUGCAGGUCCCGGGAUGGGUAACAUGGCCAUGGGACAGCGGCAACACUAUUCCUACGGAGGUCCUUACGACAGAGUGAGGACGGAGCCUGGCAUGGGACCUGAGGGCAAUUUAGCUACUGGAACUCCGCAGCCAAACAUCAUGCCUUCCACCCCUGAGUCGGGGAUGUACUCUCCCAGCCGCUACCCGCAGCAGCAGCAGCAGCAGCAAAGACAUGAUUCCUAUGGCAAUCAAUUCUCCACUCAAGGCACAUCCUCGGGCAGCCCUUUCCCUAGCCAGCAAACUACCAUGUAUCAACAGCAACAGCAGAAUUACAAGCGACCGAUGGACAGCAGCUACGGCCCGCCUGCCAAGCGGCACGAAGGGGAGAUGUACAACGUACCGUACAGUGCCGGGCAGGGGCAGACGCAGCAGCAGCUGCCUCCUGCGCAGAGCCAGCAACCGAGCCAGCAGCAAACUGCACAGCCGUCUCCCCAGCAGGACUUGUAUAACCAGUAUGGGAGUACAUACCCUGCUGCUGACCGCCGCUCUGCCGCAGGGCCGCAGAACCAGUUCCCAUUCCAAUUUGGCAGAGACAGGGUCUCGGCUCCCCCAGGCUCCAGUGCUCAGCAGAACAUGCCUCCCCAGAUGAUGGGCGGCCCCAUACAGUCUGCUGCAGAGGGCCCGCAGCAGGGCGCCAUGUGGCAAGGGCGCAACGAAAUAGGGUACAGCUAUCCGAAUCGGCAGAGCACCGGCUCUGCGCCCCAGGGGCCUGCUUAUCACGGAGUGACUCGAACAGAUGAAAUUCUGCAUUCAGACCAGAGGGUAAACCAUGAGGGACCAUGGCCUUCCCAUGGGAACCGGCAACCUCCUUACGGUCCCUCUGCCCCCGUACCCCCAAUGACUAGGCCCCCCCAGUCCAACUACCAGACCCCUCCUAGCAUGCAGAAUCACAUUCCUCAGGUAUCCAGCCCAGCACCUCUGCCCAGACCUCUGGAGAACCGCACUUCUCCUAGUAAAUCUCCAUUCCUGCACUCGGGGAUGAAAAUGCAGAAGGCAGGACCGCCAGUCCCUGCCUCGCAUAUAACACCAGCAGCUGUACAGCCUCCCAUGAUACGGCGAGACAUCACCUUCCCUCCGGGAUCAGUAGAAGCUACGCAACCUGUGUUGAAGCAGAGGAGGCGGCUGACAGCAAAAGAUAUUGGAACUCCUGAAGCCUGGAGAGUAAUGAUGUCUCUGAAGUCCGGGCUGUUGGCUGAAAGUACGUGGGCCUUAGAUACCAUAAACAUCCUGCUCUAUGAUGACAACAGCAUAAUGACCUUCAACCUCAGCCAGCUGCCGGGCUUGUUGGAGCUCUUGGUGGAGUAUUUCCGGCGUUGCCUGAUCGAGAUCUUUGGAAUCCUGAAGGAAUACGAGGUAGGUGACCCAGGGCAGAGAACACUACUGGAUCCUGGAAGGUUCUGCAAAGCUUCAAGUCCCCUUCACGAAGAAGGGGAUGAAGACGUUGAACCACGGCGCCUGAACUGUGAGGUGGAAGAGGAGGGUGAGGAAGAAGAGGAGGCUGCAUUUGCGAGCAAGGACAAAGCACCCCUAGAGAGCAGCGAGGAAAAGCUAGUUAGCAAAUUUGACAAGCUUCCAGUCAAGGUCGUGCAGAAAAACGACCCGUUUGUGGUAGAUUAUUCAGACAAGCUGGGGCGAGUGCAGGAGUUUGACAGCGGACUGCUGCACUGGCGGAUCGGUGGCGGAGAUACCACCGAGCACAUUCAGACCCACUUUGAGAGCAAGACGGAGCUACUGUUUUUUCACAAACGAGCUUCCUGCAACUCUGUCUUGAGGAAACGUUCAGCGGCUGAGAGCAAUCCAAGCACUAGGGAAGGAGAGACUCCUGUGUUCGACAGCUCCUCAGAGAAGAGGAUAACUGCCACCAUGGACGACAUGCUUUCAGCACGUCCGGGCUCCCUGGCAGAUGAGGAGGAAGAAAUCAAAGCUUCAGAAACUGCGAAGGAAAGCAGCAAGUUUCCAUUUGGCAUUAGUCCAGCUCAGAGCCACAGAAAUAUAAAAAUUUUGGAGGACGAGCCUCAUAGUAAAGACGAGACGCCCCUCUGCACCAUCCUAGACUGGCAGGACUCUCUGGCUAAGCGCUGCAUCUGCGUCUCUAACAUCAUCAGGAGUUUAUCAUUUGUGCCGGGCAAUGACUUUGAAAUGUCUAAACAUCCCGGGCUGCUGCUGAUUCUAGGGAAACUGAUUCUCUUGCACCACAAGCAUCCAGAGCGCAAACAGGCACCCCUGACGUAUGAGAAAGAGGAGGAGCAGGACCAAGGGGUGAGCUGCAACAAGGUGGAGUGGUGGUGGGACUGCUUGGAGAUGCUGCGUGAAAAUACACUGGUCACGUUGGCCAACAUUUCUGGCCAGCUGGACCUCUCCCCUUACCCGGAAAGCAUCUGUUUGCCUAUCCUGGAUGGACUCCUCCAUUGGGCAGUAUGUCCGUCAGCAGAGGCCCAGGAUCCCUUUCCAACACUGGGGCCUAAUGCUGUCCUCUCCCCUCAGAGACUGGUUUUGGAAACACUCAGCAAACUCAGCAUCCAGGACAACAACGUGGAUUUGAUUCUUGCAACUCCUCCCUUCAGUCGCUUGGAGAAGCUCUACAGCACCAUGGUGCGUUUCCUUAGUGACAGAAAGAACCCGGUGUGUCGAGAGAUGGCUGUGGUACUACUGGCCAACUUGGCACAGGGGGACAGCCUGGCAGCAAGAGCGAUUGCUGUGCAGAAGGGCAGCAUUGGCAACUUGCUGGGCUUCUUGGAGGACAGCCUGGCCGCCACGCAGUUCCAGCAGAGCCAGGCCAGCCUGAUGCACAUGCAGAACCCGCCCUUCGAGUCGACGAGCGUGGACAUGAUGCGCCGAGCUGCUCGGGCGCUGCUCGCCCUGGCCAAGGUGGACGAGAACCACUCAGAGUUCACGUUAUACGAGUCGCGGCUGUUGGACAUCUCCGUGUCGCCUUUGAUGAACUCUCUGGUUUCACAAGUUAUUUGUGAUGUACUGUUUUUAAUUGGCCAGUCAUGACAGCUGUGGGAUCCGAGACCCUGUGUGCGUGUGCGUGAGUGGAGAACUUAGAAACUGACUGUUGCCCUUUAUUUAUGCAAAACCACCUCAGAAUCCACUGUCUGCCCUGCGCUGUCCUGCUUCUCCCUUGGGGAAAGA